GAGGGGAGGGCAAACAGAGCCUAUAAAUGACCUCUCGCUCCUUUUAACGACACAUUUCAUGUCGCGCUGCUGCAAUCUCCCUCUCCAUGGAAAAACCGGCUCAGCUCACGAAACGGCUCGAGAAAUGAAUAAAACCUGGAUAUCGCUUCUAACUUUUCAGACUGCGCUGAACGCAUUUUGAAAGCAUCUACACGUAGCAGAGAGACUCGCAAGAAACCACUAACGUCGAGCGUGGAUGAUUCUGGCGCCCGCGUGAUCUAAAUCAGCCAUGGACCCGGUCAUCGAAGUCGUAGCUUUAAUCCUGGGCUUUGUGAGUUGGAUAAUGGUUGGCGUCGCGAUUCCGAACCGUUACUGGAAAGUAUCCUCGUUGGACGGGACAGUCAUCACCACCUCCACCCUUUACGAGAACCUGUGGAUGUCCUGCGCCACGGACUCGACGGGGGUGCACAACUGCCGCGAAUUCCCCUCUCUGCUGGCCCUGUCUGGUUAUAUCCAGGCGUCCCGCGCUCUUAUGAUCGCGGCGGUGGUGGCUGGCACCUUCGGCGUGGUGGCGACCCUCAUCGGCAUGCAGUGCUCGAAGGCCGGCGGUGACAACUACGUACUGAAAGGCAGAAUCGCCGGAACCGGAGGCGCGUUUUUCCUGCUGCAGGGUUUGUGCACGAUGGUAUCAGUCUCCUGGUACGCGGCCAACAUCACUCAAGAGUUCUUCAACCCGCUUUACCCCGGCCAAAAGUAUGAGAUUGGAGAGGCUUUAUACAUCGGCUGGGCCUCUGGUGUCCUUGCCAUCUGUGGUGGAGCUUGUCUGAUGUUCUCCUGCAAAUUAGGCACAAAGGAGAAAGCUUACUACCAACCCACGCGUGAAACGGUUUACUCAGCAUCCGCAUCCAGGAGAGACGCUCAGAGCACUUAUGGAAGAAAUGCCUAUGUCUGAAUGAAGCGACUCUGGUCAAUUUCAUGGCCAAACGACAUUAUAUUACAUUACAUUUGUAGCUGGCUGUUAAUAUUCUGUCUAGUGAUGUUUUAUCGGUGCAAUUAUGUAAAUAUUUAUACAGUGCCAAAUGCACAGGCGGUUUUGUGGCCAACUAAGGAUACGUCAUUAAUCAAGUAAAAUGUUACUAUGUCAGUUUUGCUGUGCAAAAGCUCCUCAAAGAACAUUUUGAAUAAGUGGAAAUUACUUCAAUUUUGUCUAGAAUUUAGAAUUUUCUCGACGUUACAUGAAUCAAGAUUUGAACAAAAAAAAUUGUUAAUUAUCUUGUCUCCAUUUAUUUGUAAAAUGACCCUGUUUUAUAUGAUAUUUUAUACAAACAAUAAACAAACAUGACAU